AUGAGAAAUAUUUUUAUCAUUUAUGACGAGGUUAAAUUUACAGGACAAAAACUUGGUAAAGGAUCAGCAGGUGAGGUUGAACUUGGAGAAUACGAAGGAAAAAAAGUGGCUGUCAAACGAUUUGUUAAUGACAAUCUUAACGAAAUAAUAGAAAAACUUAGAAAACAUAAAAAUCUUCGAUCAGAAAAUAUAAUUGAGUUCUAUGGUGUAAUAAGAUCCCCAAAUGACAAAAUGUAUUUGGUCACGAAAUUUGCUAAAAAGGGAACUUUACACGAUUACUUUGAAAAAAAUGAGCCUGGUUGGAGCAUAAAAGCAAAAAUAGCUAUCGAUAUCGCGAAUGGUUUGUUAGAAUGUCAUAAGUAUAACAUUGUAUAUUUAGAUCUUAAAUCAGAAAAUAUUUUAGUGGAUAUUUUAGUGAACAAGCAUUUGGUAUUAAAAAUUUCUGACUUUAGUUUGAGCAUUACAAAAGCAGAACUAGACCUUGGAAAGAAAGCUGGUGGAGCUAAAAAAUAG